CUGUCAUGCUCGCUCGGCGCUCGCUACUCCAUCCACACUCUUCUUCCUCCAUUGCGUUGCGCACGUGUCCCAGCAUCCCUCCCUCCUCCCCGUCCCUAAAGCGGCCGGCCACUCUCUCUCUCUCUCUCUCCACCCUACCGUCCGUCCCGUCCCUCACCUCACCAAUCUCGCGCACGCUCCCCAAUGACCCAAUCUCCCCGACCCUGCCACUGCCAGCGCCAGCUCCUCCCUGCCAUCCCAGUCCCAGCCACGUAUCGCUUCACGGGCGGGGCAGCAGCAGAACCAGUGCUCCGCGGCUGAUGCGCGCAACCAAUGCCGGCGCUCGCGUCCGCCAACAUGGCCCGAGCCGCCGCCGCCGCCGCCGCGCUCCCCCUCCUCCUCCUCCUCCUCCUCCUCCUCCUCGCUGACCACGCCGCCGCGGUGCGCUUCGACUACGCCUCGCUGACCCUCGGAAGCCUGAGGCUGCUGGGCGACGCGCACCUCAAGAACGGCACCAUCCGCCUCUCCCGGGACCUCCCGGUCCCGACCUCGGGCGCCGGCCGCGCGCUCUACGCCACCGCGGUGCCGCUCCGCGGGGGCUUCUCCACGCAGUUCGCCUUCACCGUGGCCACGCUCAACCCGUCCUCCGUCGGCGGGGGGCUGGCCUUCGUGCUCGCCACCGACGGGGCCACGCUCGGCGACGCGGGCGCCUACAUCGGCGUGUCCGUCGCCACCGACGCCGCCGCCGUCGAGUUCGACACGCUCAUGGACGCCCAGUUCGCCGACCCCAACGGCAACCACGUCGCCCUGGAUCUCGGCUCCAUGGUCUCCGCCGCCGCAGCCGACCUCGGCGCCGCCGGCGUCGUCCUCGCCAGCGGGAGGACCGUCAACGCCUGGAUCGACUACCACCCCUCUGCUUCCCCCGGUUCUGGCGGUACCUUGGAGGUCUUCGUGUCCUACGCACCCAAGCGCCCGCCCAGGCCCGUCCUGUCCGCGCCGCUCGACCUCAGCGAGGACGUCAAGGACGCCGCGUUCGUCGGCUUCUCCGCCUCCACGCAGGGGAGCACGGAGGCGCACGCCAUCGAGUGGUGGAGCUUCUCCACCGCGUCGCCGGCCCCGUCCCCACGUUCGGCGCCGCCCGAGUCCCCUGCGCUCCCGCCUCCCGUUUCCAACCAGGUGCUCCCGGGAGUGACGACGACGACGGCGCCGCCGCCGCCGCCGCCGACAGGCAGUGUCGCUGCGCCGGCCGGCUCGAUCGCACCGUCGGGCGCCGCAGCGGGGAGGAAUGCCGGCCCGCGCCCGCCCGUGCACGCGGCCGUGGCCGGCGCCGCCACGGCGGGCGCCUUCGUGGCGGCCUCGUUCGCGGGCGUGGCGGUCUGGGUGCUGGCGCGCCGCGCCAAGGCCAGGAGGCGCCAGACCGCGCUGGCGGUGGGCACCAAGCGCGACAGCAACGUGGCGUCGGCGGCGGCGCUGGCGCGGUCCCCGCGGGAGUUCAGCUACAAGGAGCUGAGCGCCGCCACGCGGGGCUUCGACGCGUCCCGCGUCAUCGGCAACGGCGCGUUCGGCACCGUGUACAAGGGCAUCGUGCCGGACACGGGCGCCAUGGUGGCCGUGAAGCGCUGCAGCAGCACCGGCGCGCGCGGCGGAGGCAACGCGAGCGGCGAGCAGGCGCGGUCGGAGUUCCUGUCGGAGCUGUCCAUCAUCGCGGGGCUCCGGCACCGCAACCUGCUCCGGCUGCAGGGGUGGUGCUACGAGAAGGGGGAGAUCCUGCUGGUGUACGACUACAUGCGCAACGGCAGCCUGGACCGGGCGCUGUUCGACGCGUCGGCGCCCGUGCUGCCGUGGCGCCACCGGCGCGAGGCCCUGGCCGGCGUGGCGUCGGCGCUGGCGUACCUCCACCACGAGUGCGAGCGGCGCGUGGUCCACCGCGACGUCAAGUCCAGCAACGUGAUGCUGGACGAGGCCUACCGCGCGCGGCUGGGGGACUUCGGGCUGGCGCGGCAGGCGGAGCACGGCGAGUCCCCCGACGCGACGGCGGCGGCGGGCACCAUGGGGUACCUGGCGCCCGAGUACCUCCUGACGGGCCGCGCCACCGAGUGCACCGACGUGUUCAGCUUCGGCGUGCUGGCGCUGGAGGUGGCGUGCGGGCGGCGGCCGAUCGGCGCCGCCGGCACGGCCGAGGGCGGCAACCUGGUGGAGUGGGUGUGGAGCCUGCACGGGGAGGCCCGGCUGCUGGACGCGGUGGACCCGCGGCUGGGCGGGGAGUUCGAGGAGGGCGAGGCGAGGCGCGUGCUGCUGCUGGGGCUGGCGUGCUCCAGCCCGGAGCCGGCGCUGCGGCCCGGGAUGCGCGCCGUGGUGCAGGUGCUGGGCGGCGAGGCGGACCCGCCGUUCGUGCCGGCGGCCCGGCCGUCCAUGAGCCUCAGCAGCGCUAACAACCAGCAGCUGCUGCUCAGCCUGCAGGACAGCGUGUCGGACUACAACGCCAUGCUGGGGCUCGCCCUGUCGGACUCGUCCUCGGACUCGCUCAGCUCGUCGUCGCUCACCAGCACGCUGCGGAGGGGCGGCCACGACAUCGGGUUCAGCAGCACCGCCGGCGACGCCAGGUGACCUGGCUGAACCUUGCCGGCGUCCGGCGGAGGGUAGCUUAGAUAGAGUUUUACUUUCUGAAAUCAUGCAUCGAAGCAACUAAGCAAUGCACCAUCGACGGUGCCUCCAAAGAACAGCAUGUAUGUAUGCAUUGAGUAGUACAUAGAAUUAGUAGCAGCAGUCAAUGGACUCCUCAGUCCUCAUCAAAUCGAGCCUCCCAUUUGUUACAUUUUACGUACAUUUCUCUAGAUAAUAAUUCGGAUCUC